AUGGUGGAUGAUAGGCUGAAAUUUUAUUUGUUGAUAAAUAGUUACAUCUUAGAGACUCAAGCUGGAUUUAGAAAUAACAAAAGCUCCACUGAACAAGUUAUUCGUUUCUCUCAAGAAGUAAAGGAUGGUUUUCACCGAAUACAAAGCCCUCUGGCAGUUUGCUUUGCUCAAGUUGGAAAAUCAGGUGGUUCCCAACCUGUUUCCCUUGGUGAUAACUGUGCUUUCGAAGGUGUGGUCAUACACGAGCUGGGGCAUGCCAUUGGGUUCUACCAUGAGCAGAAUAGAUCCGACAGAGACGACUUUAUAAAAAUAUACUGGGAGAACAUCAAAGAAGGCUCAGAAUUCCAAUUCAAGAAAUUGAUGCCCCACUUGAAUCAACUACUAACGCCCUUCGACUAUAACUCUAUUAUGCUGUAUGGAUCCUAUACCUUCUCAAAAGAUGCCAGAGGAAAGCUGAGAACGAUGGAAGCACUGGAUGGCAGUUUAUUGCAAGAACCAUUGCUGAAAGGGAAACUGAGUCAGAGAGAUAUAGAAAGAAUUAAGAAAUUGUAUAAGUGCCCCUGAUAUUGGCUAAGUAAAUAAAUAAAGAUAAUUUAUUAAUCAAUGGUUUACUUAUACGAA